UUACGUUUUCUGAGGGAAGUUUCUGUGAUCGAACUCAGAAUGAUCCCACUGACUUUCGAAAUCGUGCGCCUCGACAUCUGAAUUCCUAGGGAUUUCUUCUACUUGAGUCUGAUAUACACCGUUGUGGUCCUCAUAUGUAUUCAUCGAAACGAUUUGUUGGUCGUGAUGGUCGGCGUCGCUGUACACCGUGUUAUCAUACCACUCUCCUCUCGGAUUCUGUCGUCUGUACAAAGCAUCCGGAACAAGAGUCAUACAUCGGGUUAAAGAUGGGGGAUUUAAAAGCGGAGUAUCAUCGACAACAGUUGAUGGCAACGGUUGGGGAUCAACCUCCCACUGCUCAGGCAAUCCCAUGCAAUGUGACGGGAGUGUGGCGAAAUGAGCUGGGCUCUGUGCUUGAUAUUGAGGCGGUCGGUUCUGAGCUCCGAGGCCUUUAUCAGAGUGCAGUGGAGACUGCUCCAGGAGUCACGGGUCCAGAACAACAGGCCAAGUUACUGGGUGUGACUAGUAAUCGGGGUCUGCGAACCUCUGUGGCUUUCUCUGUGUUAUGGGAGGCAGGUUCCUGUAGCGCUUGGGUUGGUCAGUGUUUCCAACUGCCUGAUGGGAAGCGAGUGCUGAAGACCCUGUGGAUGCUGCGCUCUGUGGCUUCAUGCCCUGCAGACAACUGGAAGAGUACCAGGAUGGGAGAGGACACUUUCGUCUUCAUUUCCUGAAAGCAGAAUGUACUGAUCAUCUGGCAAUGUUGCAUUUGGUUUGCUGCCCUCUACUGAAUUUUCUUUGAACUCUCCAUAGAAAUAAUCUGUUUUAUACUCCCUGAGCUGAUCUCUCAUCCAUGCCAUAAACUAUGAAACUUGUUCAAUUCAUGAAUAAAAAUGUGUUAUUUACCUUGUCUUGCCUGACAUAAAUAAAAGUUUAAACUC